GUCGUUUUAAUUUUUUAUCAAGAUAUUUUUUUAAUCAUGUAGUUUAAAACAUGUGUGAAGAUUGAAGUUAAAAGGGUUGUCAAGAAAAAAGAAUAGAGUCCGUUCUUUUAAAAGAAAAAAAAAAAACUAAAAAAGAAAGUAAGAGAAAUGAAUCGAAAUGAAAGAGUACGGUAUUAAAAUGCAUAAAUUUUAAAUAAAUAUUUCGAAAAGUAUUUGUCAAAAAUUUUACUAACUAGCCAAUUCAUAACAAAUUCCAUAAGAAAUUCACAUAAAAUAAAUUGCGAGAUCAAAUCUAUGCAUAUUAAAAAUUUGUAUAGCAGGUAAAUGUAGAGGAACGAACUCAUAAUUUAUGUAUAAUAUGGCGAGAUCAAAUCAUAUGCAUAUUUAAAAUUUGUAUAGCGGGUCAAUGUAGAGGGACGAACUCAUUAUCUAUCGAUUUUAAUAUUUUAAAAUUAUACUAGUCAUUGGGAAAUUAAAAAAAAAGUUUAAAUCUAAGGUUCUUAGGUGUUGGCUGGUACAACAUAGUACUAGGACAAAAUUUACUGAUUUAAAGAAAAGUUUUAAGUCUAAAAGGUUCUUAGGUGUUGGCCGGUACAACAUUGUACUAGACAAAUUUUACUGAUUUAAUAAUGCUCUUUGAAUUUUAUUAUUUUACGUUUUUUUUUUUUUUUUUUUUUUAAGUUUGUGUUUUUUAAACAUUAAUUUGACAGAUGGAUAGUGAGCUUGCUUAAACCCUCGAAUCUCCUUCCCCUUUUCCGAAAAAACACCAAAAGAGAUAACGAUAUAAACACCCAAAGGUGGAAUCUUGAUUUUCCGGCAGCUGAGUUUGCUAAGAAAUUUGUUCUGUUAACGCUGAUUAAUUAGCAAUUUUAGCCGGAAUCUUCAUUUUCCGGUGAACUUUUUAACACCCUUUAAAGGAACCAGAACCAAUGCCUUAUAAAUGAGAUUUAUUUAACUAAGAUUUCUUAGCUUUUUUUGAGUUUCUUCAAGUUUUUUCCCAGACUCAAAAAACCUCGAGGUUGGGAAAAAAGGCGGAUUAAAAAGAAGAAAUAAAAGACCCAAAAAGUAAAAAUAAAAAUGGGGAAGAUGAUGAUAAAAUGGAGUUUUUCGAUUUUGAUUUUAAUUUUAACGACGGUGGUCGCCGGAGCUCCGGCGAUGGUAAAGGGAAAAGGGGUGCAUGAAAAUGCUUAUGCUACUAUGAUGUAUAUGGGAACACCAAGAGAUUAUGAGUUUUACAUAGCGACACGUGUCAUGCUACGAACACUUUCCAAGUUUGGCGUUAAGGCUGAUCUCGUCGUUAUUGCUUCUCUUGAUGUUUCCUCUUCAUUGGGUCCAAACUCUAGAGCAGGAAGACGGUGCAAAGGUGGUGAGAGUUGAAAAUCUGAACAAUCCUUACAAAGGGCAAUCGAAUUUUAAUUGGAGAUUCAAGUUAACGCUGAACAAACUUUACGCGUGGAGCCUAACAGACUAUGAAAGGGUUGUCAUGCUUGAUUCCGACAACCUUUUCCUCCAGAAAACAGAUGAAUUGUUCCAAUGUGGUCAAUUUUGUGCAGUCUUCAUCAACCCCUGCAUAUUCCAUACCGGUCUGUUUGUAUUGCAGCCAUCAGAAAUUGUAUUCAAGGACAUGCUUCAUCAGUUGAAGGUUGGAAUGGACAAUCCAGAUGGCGCAGACCAAGGUUUUAUAGGAAGAUACUUCCCGGAUUUACUUGAUCAGCCGAUGUUUCAUCCUUCUCUUAACGGUACUAAGCUCCAGGGAAAUUAUCGACUGCCUCUAGGUUACCAAAUGGAUGCCUCUUAUUAUUAUCUCAGACUCCACUGGUCGGUACCCUGUGGACCUAAUAGUGUCAUUACUUUCCCCGGUGCACCAUGGUUAAAGCCUUGGUAUUGGUGGUCGUGGCCUGUCCUACCUUUGGGCAUCCAGUGGCAUGAACAACGUCGUCAAACUCUUGGGUACAAUGCAGAGAUUCCACUAGUGAUGAUCCAAACUGUACUCUACCUUGGAAUAAUUAUAAUGACACGCGUAGCACGUCCUAGUUUAUCUAAGUUGUGCUAUAGACGUGAAGACACCAAGAGCAUCUUCUUGAUACGAACUGGCCUGAAGCUGAUCGCGAUAUGGUCCAUUCUUGCAGCUUACAUACUUCCAUUCUUCUUGAUACCUCGCACGGUUCAUCCACUAAUCGGUUGGGGUCUCUACUUAUUAGGCUCUUUCGCACUAUCAUGUAUAGCACUGAAUGCAUUCUUGUUACCAAUGCUGCCUGUUCUCGUGCCUUGGCUAGGAAUUCUUGGUGCCCUUUUAGUCAUGGCUUAUCCUUGGUAUUCUGAUGGUGUUGUAAGAGCACUUACUGUAUUUGCAUACGCGUUUUGCGCGUCCCCCGUGGCAUGGACAGCAUUAGUGAAAAUAAUGUCUUGUCUUCAUGUUUCAAUUGAGAGGGAAGGGUUCUUGCCUAGGUUGAGUGAAUCUGCUGUACCUGCUGGUUUCAACAAGUUGUAUUGAAUUGGAAAUCUGAAAGUUGGAACAUAUAUUUUUUUUUCAAAAAAAAAAAAAGAAAAAAAGAAGGGGAUUUUUGCUUAGAGUCUUUGCUCUUAUACAAGCCAAAGGAUUUUUUUGUUAUGUUACAAAUUCUGGUAUGAACUACACAAUGUAAAAAUUAGAUGAACUUGGGUGUGUUGUACUUGGAAGUUGAAUAUUUUUUUAUUUUGGUUUCGUUCCCGGUUUCUAA